CAUUCGCGGUUCGACGCUAGCGAGGCACGGUUGGUGCCUCCGCGCUCGCCGCCUAUCGGACAAACUUUCUUUCUACCAUCACAUUAUAUCGAAUAUACUACCAUCAUGAGGGUCCCGACGACCCUCCUGCUCCUCCUCGUGACUCUUCUCGCGAAGGUAUCACCUGCAGAGGAUAUCUAUUGGGAAGGCGACGAUGAUUUAAUGAAUGAGUUCCUAGAGGUGGAUACCGCUGACGCUGGUAUCGGUCAUCACUUGAAGCGACUAAAACGAGCGUUUGAUUUCUUCUCAUUUUUUCCGACAACGACACCACCGCCGGAAGAAAAUUACACAGAAGAUGACACGGAUAAAUUAAACGAAGACAAUGACAUCGAACCGGAUGGAUCGGGUCAACCUGACAGGAUGGAACCUGAGUUCAAAGAAAAAACACUUCGAGUGACUUUCGUAGUGAUGGAGCCUUACCAGCCUAAAUAUUCCAACAGAGACUCGACGGAGUUUCAGAACUUCUCCAAAUCUCUAGCUGAGGCCGUGAACAUGGUUUUCAGGGAUCUACCGGGUACCCACAGAGCUAGUCUCGUGCGAAUACAAUCUCGUCCCACUGACGAAUUUACUUGCAAGGUCACCCUCGACAUAGUUACAACGGGAAACGAAGAUACCGACAGGAUUUCUCAAAUUCUUCGAGACUACAUCAGAAACAAGAGGACGCUGGGAAAUGCGACUGUCAGUGACGUUGAUUUCAGCUCUACCGUCAUCGAUCCAGGAUACAAUGCACCCCUGGAAGCGUGUUCCAGCAACGAGAUCAAAUGUUUCGAUGACGGUCGUUGCCUUCCUUCCUCUGUUCGAUGCAAUGGCUUUGAUGACUGUGCUGAUGGUUCAGAUGAAACUGACUGUCCAGUCGAUACUAAACCUGAUAGUACUGAUGAUUUGAUUACUAACGAUGUCAACACUGACGAUCAGAAUAUCGAUGAUGGUAAUAAUGUUGACGAGGAUGUUGAUGGCCAGGAUGUUGAUGGUCAGGAUGUUGAUGAUCAGGAUGGUGAUGAUCAGGAUAUUGAUGAUCAGAAUGUUGAUAGACGGAACAAAUUAAAUGAGGAAAACGAAGAUGAUUUGAUAGUACCAUACAAGCCACAAACUACGGCUCAACCUUCACUGGAUAAUGCUAAUACUCCCAGUGAUAAAAUAUGUGACAAGAAGGUGCUUUGCAAGGGUUCAGAAAUGGUGAUAUGCGAAGACAUGAUAUGUAACGGUAUUAAUGAUUGUCCGAAUGCAACGGACGAAAUGAACUGCGAUUACUAUGACAAAAUAUAUAGAACGCCAGACGAAUCUCAAUCAAUCGGUGAAUCACCAGAAACAGCAACAGAUAAUCCGAGCUUAGAAGAGAAUCAAGAAAAUAUCUGUCCCGCUGGUGAGACCCGUUGCGACGAGACGCGAUGCAUCAGACCCGAAGCGCGGUGCGAUGGAGCUCCUGACUGUGAUGAUGGUACCGACGAGGAAGGCUGUGACAGUGAAUCAUGUGGCGUCGACGAUUUUCGAUGCUAUAAUGGAAAAUGUAUUGAAAGCUCAUAUCGCUGCAACGGAGUCAUUGAUUGUGCUUCUGGAGAAGACGAAAAGGAUUGCGAAUGUAGAUCAGAUGAGUUCAAGUGUCUCGACGAUGGAUCUUGUAUCGAGCUCAGGAAGCGUUGCGAUGGCUACAGCCAUUGCGGGGAUUCAUCAGACGAACAAGAUUGCUCAUGCAGAUCAGAUCAAUGGCAAUGUGAUCACGGUAAUUGUAUCAAACGUAGUAAACGGUGCAACGGUCGCGUCGACUGUCCCACUGAUAGAUCGGAUGAGAGGAAUUGCGUUGCGAAUGGGUAUUUUAAAUGCAGAAAUGGCAAGUCGAUACCCGAUUAUCAGAGAUGCAAUCGUCGUUAUGAUUGCGACGCUGGCGAUUAUUCAGAUGAACAAAAUUGUCCAUGUGGUGACGGCGACUUCAAGUGUGACAAUGGUCACUGCAUACCUGCAUCUAAAAAAUGUGACAGAACGCAUGACUGUCAGGAUGGUUCUGACGAACGAAAAUGCACUUACGGCACAGUAUGCAUGGCUUAUCAAUAUAAAUGCUCGCGUGGAGAAUGCGUUCCGGCGGAUUCAUGGUGCAAUGGAACUAUGGAAUGCUCAGAUGGCUCAGACGAAAAGAACUGUCCCUGUAAAAGAGGCCAGUUCAAAUGUCACGACGGUUCUUGCAUUAAUAUUGCAAAGCGAUGUAACGGUUACUCUGAUUGUCAACCUUAUGGUGAAGAUGAACUCAAUUGCGCCCUGUCCCGCUGCCCAGCCGACAGCUUCACGUGCGAUCCCGGCUCCAGAGUCUCCUGUGCGAAACGAUGCGACGGCAUACAGGAGUGCGACGCUGGAGAAGACGAAGACGGCUGUCCUGAGUGCAAUCACAUAUGCGACGGCAAGUGUCUAGAAGAUAGUAAGAUUUGUGACAAGAACAGCGACUGCUCAGACGGCUCCGAUGAAAAAGAUUGUGACGAGUGCGACGGACCUAAUGACUUCAGAUGUAAAAAUGGUGAAUGUUUAAACGCCGCUCUGCGUUGUAACGGCGUUCCUGAAUGUUCCGAUUCCAGCGAUGAACUCGAAUGCAACGUUACUAUGAUCUCAGAGCCAUCUGGCUGUAACGAAAAUCAAUUCGAAUGUCGAAAUGGCAUAUGCAUCGACAAACAGUUUUUCUGCGAUGGAAACCCAGAUUGUACUGAUAGCUCUGAUGAAGAAAAUUGCCCAUGCGAAGAUGGAUACUGGCAGUGCUUUUCUGGUCAGUGCAUACCUUUCAGUGGAUACUGUAAUGGCUACCCUGAGUGUUCGGAUGCAUCAGAUGAGAGCGACUGUCCUACCACUUUUAAGCCAUUUACAACGGCUAAUCCCACUUACAUUUCUACCCCCGGAUACCCUUACCCGCCCUACAUGCCCAUGACGACUCAGCGACCGAUCCACACUACCACUUCGGCUCCCUAUGAUCCAUAUGGACCUAAUGGACACCAAGGAUGCGGCAAAAAUGAAUGGCGUUGUGAGAACGGGCCUUGUAUAGACGCACGUCGUCGUUGUGACGGUCACAUAGAUUGUCCACAUGAUGACACGGACGAGCUCGAUUGUCCAGCCGGCACGCCCAUUGCUCUGGAUCUCAGGACUCAUCCAGACCAACAAACUAUUCGCAAUGCCCAUUAUGGUGGCGACGUGGUAUUCUCCUGUCGAGACGAGGGAUUACUCCGAGCGCCCGUGCGUUGGAUAAGGGAAGGCGGUAGAUCCCUAAAACCUGGCUCCGUAGAUAGAAAUGGACGUCUUGAGUUAGUCCAAGUGACUUCAGCCGACAGUGGAGUCUACAUUUGUCAAGCACCGCGGUAUUUAGGACAGCCUGGAUCGGAACUUAGAGUUACUUUGACAGUUGAAAGUCCUCAAUCAAACACACAUAAGCCGCCGUUCACUUUUUGUCAACGAAACCAAGCUACUUGUGGUAAUGGACAAUGUAUACCGAAUACAGCAGUUUGUGAUUCAAAAAAAGACUGUUCUGAUGGAUCUGAUGAAGAAAAUUGCAACCGAAACGGCAUGUGUGAACCAAAUGAGUUCCAGUGCUCUAACCGUAAAUGCGUCUUGAAGACCUGGCUUUGUGAUAACGACGAUGAUUGUGGAGAUGGCAGCGAUGAACAGAACUGCGUAGCGACCGACCCCAAUCAGCAAUGCCAACCUUACGAGUUUGCUUGUGCCAGCAACGAUCAAUGCGUUCCUCGGAGCUUCCAGUGCGACACGUACAAGGAUUGUUUCGACUCGUCUGAUGAACUCGGCUGCAUGCCGGUACAUAUAACAAGAUCUCCAGCACCCUCAAACGUUAAAUUAAAUCCUGGUGAUACCUUAACUCUCGUCUGUGAAGCCGUGGGUGUACCAACGCCUCUUAUAUCUUGGCGUCUCAAUUGGGGCAAUGUGCCUGAGAAAUGUACUUCUACCAGCGUAAACGGUAUCGGAACAUUGACCUGCCCAGACAUGCAGUCGGAAGACAGCGGUGCUUAUUCGUGCGAGGGUAUCAACAACAAGGGUACAACAUUCGCAGCACAGGAUGCUAUUGUUUACGUAAAUAGAACUGAAGGAGUGUGUCCAACUGGAUACUUUAACAGCGAGGCACGAUCACAAAACGAAUGUAUCCGAUGCUUCUGUUUCGGAAAAUCAUCUCAAUGCCAAAGCGCUGAUCUUUUCAUCUUUAACAUGCCGACUUUGCUCGGUGAGGGAGGUACUAGGUUAGUUGGAGUAAACCAAGACUAUAACGGAGAUGUCCAAGUCGACAAACAGCAAGUCAUAACCAACCAAUAUUACUAUCAACCAUUGAAGAAUGGAGCUACGGUAACAAAAUUGGAGCACGUGACUUGGUCUAGAAAUACUGGCACACACCCAUAUAUUACACUACCAGAAACGUAUAACGGUAAUCAACUCACUUCAUACGGUGGCCACAUAAAAUAUAGAAUAACACCCCACUUUCCUAACCGAUAUGGUGCAAGUGAUAGCAUACCCGAUGUCAUUAUUUUGGGUAAAUACCAAACCCUGAUUCACAAAAGUCGCAACGACCUCUUCCGCGAUCCUUACAUAAGUGCUCGCCUGACGCCUGGAAAUUGGCAGAAGCCAACAUCAAGAGGACUAGUAUCAGCUUCAAGAGAGGAUAUUAUGAUGGCAUUGGACGAUGUUGAAUUGAUCCUCUUGAGAGCUGACUCAAAUAACGCCGGUGUUAACAUAACUGAGUUCACUAUGGAAUCUGCUCAAAUGAGUAAUGUGGGACUUGGAGCUGCCAGUCUGGUCGAAGAAUGUACUUGCCCAUCAGGAUACAAGGGACGAUCGUGUGAGAAAUGUGCCGAUGGAUUUGAAAGGCAAAACCAAGGACCUUGGAAUGGUACAUGCGUACCGAAGGCUCCCUGCCCGCCGCUUACUUAUGGUGACCCGAGCCGAGGUGUCGAUUGCAAGCCUUGUCCGUGUCCAUUGACAAACAGAGGCAAUCAAUUUGCUAGCUCUUGCUCCCUUGGCCCGAGAGGAGAUGUUAUCUGUGACUGCCAACCAGGAUAUGAAGGACCUCAAUGUAGUUACUGCGCUCCUAAUUAUAUCGGUAAUCCCUUAUUCGUCGGUGACUCUUGUAAACCUAAGCAACAAGACAACUGCAAUCCUUUAGGAACCAUUCAAGUUCGUCCUCCAGACGAAUGUGUAUGCAAGGAAAAUGUUCAAGGACGCUACUGUGACCAAUGCAAGAACGGCUCAUUCUACCUGUCUAAUGACUUCAGACAUGGUUGCGCACUUUGCUUCUGCUCUGGAGUUUCACAACAGUGUAUGAUCAGUAACUUACGUCGUAAAACUACAACAGUACGUUUCAACGUACCACAAGUAGUCAACCAAGUGAAAUUGUACAAGAGUGCGCCAAUAGGGCCUGCUGGUUCAGUCAGAUAUAACGUCCCCAUAGAAACAGACUUACAACCUGAACUGUUUAGAGGAGAGAUUGCUGUAAACAACGUCGAACGUUCUCAACCUUCCAUCUUAUACUGGAGUCUCCCCAUCAGUUUUGCUGGCGAUAAAGUUACAGCCUACGGUGGAUACUUGUCAUACCAACUUCGUCACGUACCUACCUAUGGUGGUUUGAAAAACACGGCCGCUGACGUCCAACUCAUAAGUGACAACAGCUUGACUUUCCACUACUUCGGUAACUUUAUGCCAUCUAACGAUGGCUUCUUAAACGCCAGCGUACAAUUCUUAGAGAAGGGAUGGCAGAGACCCGAUGGCAAGCAAGUAUCCCGUGAACAUUUCCUGCUCGCUUUAGCUGAUGUGAAGACAAUUUUAAUCAAAGCAACAUACACCAGCAACACUGACGUAGCUUCAAUAGAGAGUGCGAGUAUUGAUACCGCUGAGCCCGAUGGCGAUGGUCCGAUGGCACAACACGUGGAACAGUGCCAAUGCCCAACGGGCUACGUUGGGACAUCUUGUGAGAACUGUGCUCCAACAUACACCAGAAGUUCAAGUGGUCUCUACUUAGAACAUUGCGGUCCUUGCGACUGCAAUGGACAUUCGAACAUGUGUCACCCAGAGACAGGCGUAUGCUAUGAUUGCGCUGACAACACGGCUGGUCCAUAUUGCGAAUUCUGCAAGGAUGGUUUCCAGCUAGACCAAAACAACAAUUGUGUUCCCAUCGACAACACACCAGGACCAACUAUAUGCAACUGUGAUCCAAGAGGCGAAUCCCUUCCUUGUGAUUCUUAUGGACGGUGUCAAUGCAAACAGAACGUUGAAGGCGAAGGCUGUGACCGCUGCAGACCUGGCACGUUUGGUCUUGACCAUAACAAUCCACUCGGUUGCUUCUCUUGUUACUGUUCUGGCGUCACCAAAGAUUGUCACGAAGCUAGUCACUAUUCAAGAAUACCACUAGCUGCACCUAUUUUCGGCGAAAACUACGGCGGUUACUCUCUCAUGGAUUUAAAUGCUGACCAAGUCAUUAACGAUCAGUUUAUACCGUCACCUAAAGAGAGUGAACUUAUGUAUGUCUUCUCAUCAAUACCCUACGACGAUCUGUACUGGUCAUUACCUGUAUUCCCAGGAAAUAGAGUUCUUUCCUAUGGAGGCACUCUUUCACUCACACAGAAAUUCCUCAGCGGCGACCCCGAAGAAUCGACACCUGGUAGGGAUGUUGUUCUCGAUGGAGAAACCUUAUCAAUUUACUGGAGUAACCCUACUGCUAUAAGAUCUGGCGAAGCUUUGAGCUAUCAAGUUCCACUGCGUGAGACCAACUGGUAUAAAUUGAACUCUCCCGAAGCCGCUAGUCGUGAUGAAUUUAUGAGUGUGCUUAAGAACCUAAGGAGAGUACUAGUCCGAGCUACAAUUGCAGAAAAUAUUACAUCUACUGCAAUUGCUGAUGUCUCUAUGGACACUGCUGUCGAGAGUUACGACGCCACAGCGCCCGCAGCGAAGGGUGUUGAGGUAUGCAUGUGCCCAGAAGGGUAUAUCGGUACUAGUUGCGAGAACUGUGCUGCUGGUUACUAUAAGGACAGGGCAGGAUACUGCAGACAAUGCAACUGCAACGGCCACGAUUGCAAGCUGGUUGGCUACGACGAGGUCGUUUGUAACUGCCGACCACCAUUUACCGGACCCGAUUGCUCUACUGUUGGCUUAAUCAUGGAACUACACCCUACUAUUCACGACGACCAUUCAAUCUCGACUGUAGUUCAAGUUACGUUUACGUGCAAGUACAGGGCUCCUGAGCCUUUAAGUAUUAAAUUUUACUUCGAGGGACGUGCGAUUCAACCUGGAAAAAGUUAUACUGAAUCGAAACUUUACAAAGAUGGUUGGCGUGGCGAACACGUGUGGCAUACUCAAUGGAAUACGAAAAAGCAGGGAGAAGUUUACGAAUGUCGAACAAUAACUGCUAAUGGAUUCACUUUAGGGGUAUUAUCUACCACUUUACCAGAAAAAGGCGGUGAGCCAAUUGAGACUGUGACCAGACCACAGCCUCCACCCCAAAGCACAGUUGUUGUGAAGAUCACGAGCCCAACUAUCAAGAUUCAGAAAAUAGGAAGCACAGUCAACUUCACAUGCCAGGCUCAAAGUCGAAUGACCACAAAUCCUCUUCAAGUCAACUGGUACAAAGCUGAUGGAUAUUUGCCACAAGGCAGGCAUCAAAUAGAUACGAAUACUGGAUUAUUGCUUAUAAUGAAUUUACAAGUAUCUGACAGCGGCAAAUACAUUUGUCAAACUAGUGACGGAAUUUCGACAGGUCAAGCUAUCGCUACCCUUAAAGUGCCAGUUAACGAAAUGACAUUACCAACUGUGUCAAUAAGUCCAUCAGUUAAGGAAUAUUAUGAAGGUGACAGGAUUGAACUCACGUGUGCGACCACUGGUAACCCUGCACCGAGAAUUACUUGGCAGAGAGUAGCCAACCGGCCAUUGCCCCGUUCCACAGUGACCUAUGACGCCUUACUUAUCAUCGAUGAUGCCAACGUUGAAGACUCCGGUGAAUACAGAUGUAUUGCCUCAAACUCGGCGGGUUCUACUGACCGCACCGCUAUUGUAACGGUGAGACCAAGACCGUCCAGGCCUCCGAAGCAGAAACUAACCGUUUCUUCACUAUCGACCACCAUUAACGAGGGACAAAGCACACGAGUUGUUUGUACUGGAACAGCUAAUAUACCCCCUGGAACUAUAGACUGGAUCAGGCAAGACGGAAAUCAAUUCCUGCCCAAUGUACGCGCAGAGAACGGGGUUCUUUACGUUGAAUUAGCGGUUCCCGAGAACGAUGGUGUCUACAUUUGUCAGACAACCCCGUACAUUAACAUAAACCCUGAGCUAGUCGUACUGAAAGUCAUACCCAACAGGACGCCAUCGCCCGAAGAAGCUCCAAACAUUACGCUAUCUGUUAAUCAGCUGAAGAUACCCACAGGUGGUAGUGGUACAAUCGAAUGCAGUCCCCAAGGAUAUCCAUUGCCCCUUAUUAAGUGGACUAAGUAUCAAGAUAAGUUUGGACCCGGUACGAGUCAAAGAGAAAACACUCUUGUCAUAAACAACGCACAAGAUAGUGACGCUGGAUACUAUCUUUGCGAAGGAAUCGUUUACGACAGGCCUGUUGUUAGCAGCUAUAUAAACGUAGAAAUUGAACGUCGUGAAGCUCCUCGUGUUACCAUCUACCCUCAGGGCGAAAACUCAGUGACGCUAGGAAGUCAAUUCGAAUUACAUUGCCAGGUUGACGCUGGUAUUCCAACUCCAGUUGUAACUUGGGACAGGAACGGCGGAAGACCAUUUUCACGGCAUGUGCAAAUACAACAAAAUAAUGUAUUGAGGUUCCUUAAUGUAGAAGUAAACAACGAAGGUGAAUACACCUGUACCGCGACUAAUGAAGCCGGCUCGUCGAGUGCCAGCGCUACCAUCAAGGUGCGAUCACCGCCGGCGAUCACUAUAACUCCCAACAACUACAUCCAAGUUAUUAAAGGUGAACGAGUCAAUGUUGAAUGCCGUGCUGAUGGAUAUCCUGAACCGGAAGUAUCUAUUAAAUCGGGAUCAGACUUGCGUCUAUUAGUGCCUCCCUCACCAAGAAUAGCGGUGCUUAGUAUUCAAAAUGCUAACGAAGACGGCGAUUAUAUAUGCUCAGCGACAUCUGCUGCUGGAACCAUUGAAGAGCAAUUUGUCAUCCGGGUGGAGAGAGGUGAUGGUGGCUUCAUUGAGGGAAGCGGAGAUGACGAAAUUGGCGAAAACGGCAUGGCAGUUAUUGAAGGACAGCAGAGUCGGAUCAGUUGCAAUGCCUCGGACGAUUUCCGCGUGGUCUGGAAUCGUGCUGACGGAAGACGUUUGCAAAACAAUGCUAGGCAAGUUGGCAACGAGCUGAUCAUUACAAAUACUUCUAAAAGCGACAGCGGUGUAUACGAAUGCACUUUGCUCAAUCGUCGGACGGACGAGGCGCAGCAAUCAGCUAGGACGAGACUCCAAGUUGUAGCACCACCCACUAUUACUCUGAACCCUGCCACCCAGACCGUUCACCCUGGACAGUCGCCAACCGUGGAAUGCUUUGUCGAAGGCGAUGACAUAAUUGACGUAAUAUGGAGAUCGAAGACUUCUAUGUUCUCAAGACGAGUCGAAGUUCAAGACCGUACUUUGAUAUUCCACAAUAUCGAAAUCGAAGACGCCGGAGAGUACGAAUGCUUUGCGAGAAAUAGAGUCGCGAAUGCAUCUGCCAUCGCCGAAGUUAGAGUCAGUGAAGAUACGGAUCGAGCGACUUCGGUGUCUCGCGAUAAUGAACAGACUGCGCACGUGGGCUCCGCCGUCAAUCUCAGCUGCAAUGUCACGCUGCCAAGGAAAACCAUCCGCUGGACUAAGGAUGGCAAACAACUCCCGAGAUCGGUUAUUCAGAAGAGCGAUGGGUCCCUUUUCAUCAGACUCGCCCAGAAAACUGACAGUGGUCACUACGUCUGCCUCAUUACCGACAUUUACGGCAGACAGAUAAGAAAUUACAUCAAUCUCCACAUCGAGGGCAAUGAGUGCUUGGAGACACAGUUCAAAUGCAACGACGGCAGGAAUUGCAUAAGCUUUGAAUUUUUAUGCGAUGGUUACACAGACUGCCUGGAUUCGAGCGAUGAGUUAAGCUGUACAAUGUUAUCGGAUUCAAAUAUUACAACUGGAACCCGUGAUGAAUCUCUGGGACUUGUUGGUAUCGAUCAGCCCCGAAGGCCGUACAGGGUCGGAGAUAAGGUCGAAGUCACAUGUAGAAUGAGAUCCAGAGAUAUCAGAGUUUCGUGGGAAAGGUUCAGAUCAAAGCAAUAUGUCGAAUAUAGAGUGUACGGCGAUGGAGCAAUGCUACUUAUACCAGGCGUACAGGAGUCCGACGCUGGUGUCUAUAGAUGUAUCGGUCAAGAUCGCUAUGGACGUGUCUCGUACGACAAUUUCACCCUUGAAGUUAUCCCAGGGCAAAAUGAAGUUCCUUUUCGAGGUGACGACAGAGACGCGACGUACAGCGCUCGUUUAGGUGACAUUGUAGAAAUGCCGUGCACUUACAAUCUGGAGGAACCCGUUUCUAUCGAGUGGAGGCGAGAGUAUUCUCAGCUUCCUCCUGGCGUUAGGCAAAACGAGCGCAUUCUAAGUUUGGGAAGGGUGUCAGAAGCGGACGCUGGAACAUAUAUAUGCAGAGUGACAAAUAAUCGCGCGAGAGUUGAAAACCGUGCCACUUUGCGUAUUGUGGGUGUAGUACCCAAGUUUAACGGCGACAGCUGGCUAGCUUUGCCGACACUCAGAGAUGCUUACAUGCAAUUUGACAUCGAGAUCUCCUUCAAACCAUCUGAUCCUAACGGAAUUAUUCUAUACAACAGUCAAAAUAAAAACGGUACUGGAGACAACUUGAUCCUUCAGCUUGUCGAUGGAGUUCCAGAAUUCACUCUUAAAUUUGACACGUCAUCUCCUUUAAUUGUUACUGGUGACCGACCACUGCAGCUAAACGCUUGGCAUACUAUACGUCUAAGCAGGAGUGGCUCUAAAGUGACAAUGGACGUCGAUAAUACUGGCCCGUUCGUAGCAGAAUCGUCUAAUCAGUACGAAGUGCUUGAUUUGUACGCAAAUCUGUACGUCGGUGGUGCACCAGCUGAACGUCCUCCCGAACUGGAAACAGUUCCAAGUUUUAUCGGCUGCGUCAGCAUGCUUAUCCUCGGCAAGGAAGAAAAGAACAUCGUGGUGGAUAGCAUUGACAUGCGUAACGUGAUGGACUGCAAUUCUUGCACUCCCAAUCUUUGUCUCAAUAAUGGUAUAUGCCAAGAGGCCCGCAAUGAACGUGGCUACACCUGUCUGUGCCCCGCCGGAUACGCGGGGCUGAACUGCGACCGUCCUGGCGAAGCGUGCCGUCCUGGUCUUUGUGGACUUGGAAAAUGUACCGACACUGUCGACGGCUACAAAUGCACGUGCCCCGUCACUUACACAGGGAAAAACUGUGAAGUAAAACAGAACAUUGCCUACCCAGCAUUCGCAGGCAGCGCUUACUUAGCCAUAAAACCACCAAAGACUUCCCGAUUCCUGCGCAUGUCAAUGAAGAUCAAACCUAAAGCACCAGUAACAGACGGUAUCAUCAUGUACUGUGCACAAUCAGCUCGUGGCUACGGAGGGUUCACAUCCUUGGCCGUACACGAUGGCAGACUCGAAUUCCGCUACGACCUUGGAGAUGGAAACACACCAAUCGUGCUUAUAAGCAAUAAUACAUUGGCACCUAAUGAAUGGACUGAUGUGAACAUCGCUCGCGUUGGACACGUUGUCUCCUUGAAGAUAGGCAUGACCUACAGCUAUGAAGCCAAAUUAGCUUCGGCUAAGGAUCUCAACUUCGAAACUUCAAUGUUCGUCGGAGGAGUCGACGACGACUCGAUUGUCCUUAACAACAACACAGGCGUCACCGGCGGUUUCAAUGGAUGCAUCAAAGACGUUACACUUCACGGCGACACUUUAGAUCUCAACAACGCAUCGAUCCAAGCUGCUAACGUGCAGGAAUGUGUCAACUAUGACCGUGGAGACAUUCCAGAAACCGAAAGUAUCUGCUCACAAUGUCGCAACGGGGGCUACUGUCCAUCAUCUGACAUGACGGCCUGUACUUGCCCGCCGGGCUACAGCGGACUCUACUGCGAGACGAGAGCCCCAAUCAGCCGUAGACCCCUCGGAGACCCAUGCUCGGUAUCGCCCUGCAGGAACGGUGGUACCUGUAAAACUGACCGUAGCCACAGGAUGAACUACACUUGCGACUGUCCGCUUGGUUUCGCUGGAUCGAAUUGUCAAAUGCCCCUGGAAUUAUUACAAAGCGUCGGCUUCAAUGGAAACGGUUAUCUGGAAUUGCCGGCGAAUUACUUGCGCUAUGAUCAACUAGAAGUUGAACCGGAGCUGAUCGCGCUGGCGUUCCAUACCGAUAGCGAUGGAGUUCUUCUAUACCAGAAGGAAGCUCAAGUCGCCUACAAUGGCGAUUAUAUCAUGCUUAGAGUGGAGCGAGGAGUUGUGGUCAUGGAAUGGGAUCUGGGAAGCGGCAGAAAUAUCAUUUCCGUUGAUGACGUACAAGUUAAUGACGACGAACGACACGAAGUGAUUGUGAAAAUUUACGAAGAUAACCGCGUCGAGCUGACUGUGGGAUCGAAAACGAAGACUGGAAUGACCAACGGCAUCUCCAAUGUUAUGAACGCCGAUUCAAACAUAUAUAUUGGUGGUAUUCCAGAGAAUCUGAACACGCAGUUCAACUACCCAGGCCUCGUGGGAUGUAUAGAACAAGUGGAGUUCAAGGGAGACCGCAGUGUUACCCUCGGCGCGGUCGCGGUGGCGGGUAGAAAUACCCAGCCUUGCAAAAAUUAACGAUCAUAGUUCACUCGAGCACACCACGUCGAAGGAACGUCGUAUAAUCUCUCUAGAUAAGUUUCAAGUUCCAAGCGAAAAUGUCAAUUGAUAAAAUUUAAGGCUGAAGUUUAAUAACUUCAACAUUCAAUGAAAUUCAGUCACAUUAUCCAUUUUUUUUCUUUAAAAUAAACAAAUCUUACGGCUUUUAAACUUGUUACUGGUUUUGGUAGGGAUUUUACUAAGAUAUAUACCCUCGUAUUUAGUAUUAAGAUAACUUCACCAUUGAGGACAAUACUGCUAGAUUAGAUUACUUAAGUAACUUGAAAUGUUAUUGUAAUAAUAAACUAUAUUAUGUCUUAAAGCAGAUUCAAAUUUCAAAUGGACAUUUUACUGGACAGUAUAUCCUGAAUAACACACGGGUGCUCUUCCCUCUAGAGCGUUGUAUAUGGUGCCAUAAAAUUUGAAUGUAAACGUAGUUAGGAAAAUAUUAACUUUUUUUUAAAUAUAUCUUGCUUAUCAAGCUUUGUUAUAUCAAAUACCACAGCGAUAUCUUUGUUUAGUUUCACGGACACUAACCGUUAUCUAAGAAUUUUAUAGGAAGCUGCAAGGUUCUUGAUUUAUUCGUACGUCAUGUGCCAAAACUGGUUAUAUAUUAAUUUACGACAUUCCUUAUAAACGUUGCUAAGCGGCUGUUUAGGUAAACACCGAUCUAUCUCUUUCGGUCAUAAUUCAUUUGACAUUCGAGAGAAGAAGACACAGCAUUGUUUAAUUAAUCACUAGCGAAACAACGUUUAUAAGAAAUGCCGUUAGUUUCUGCCACUGCCAUACAAUUUGCUUUCUUUAUGAUGAUUAUUUUUAAGUUAAUUAGAUAGUACACCAGUUAUCUAAGACGGAUAUUCUAAUUUUAAAUAUUUACAUAAUAAUUUGAUUGUUUGUAAAAUUUCAGUGAAUCUUUAAAUUGUUUUUGUGAAAUCAACUGCGGUCGCAUUUAACUUGAAUAUAUCGCGAGUGAUUUGUUUAUCCGUUUUUACAUAUUUUAUAUGAUAUUACAAAAUUAUAUUUGCAUGAAAUGUAUUUGUUGUUUUUAAGAAUAGCCUAGCUAAGAAUAAAUGUGGCAUUAAAUACCAAUUGUUACGCGGAUAUAAUUAAUAAUUUUAACGGUGUAAUCGUUUGAACUCAUCUCGAAUUCAAUUUCAAUGAACCUGCCUACAUGUUGUAUUGACUAUCUGUGUAUUGCUGCUAAAUGAACAAAUGCAAUUAUUAAAAAUAAAAAAAUAUAUAAAAAUA